AUGAGAGACUUGCUUAUAGAAAAAGGACCUAUUACGGAAUAUGAUAUCAACUUUCCUAAGGAUGAAUUAGGUCGGCACUUUUCUUCUGAGUUUUAUGUUCGAAAAUUACUAAAUGGUGAAACUUUUGCUAGAAAAUGGUUGAUUUACUCAAAAGAGCUAGAUAAAGUUUUUUGUUUCUGUUGCAAAUUAUUUAAAACAGCUCGCUCGAGAAGUCAAUUAGCAAGUGAAGGGAUAAGAGAUUGGAAACAUCUUGGUACAACAUUAAAUUUACAUGAAAACAGUUCUGAACACCUCAUUAACUUGAGAACUUGGGCUGAGUUGCGAGUGAGAUUGAAUAAGAAUCAAACAAUUGAUAAAGAGUUACAAGAGUUAAUUAAGAAAGAUACUGAACAUUGGAAAGAGGUUAUGGUCAGAAUAGUUGCUGUUGUGAAAUGUCUUGCAAAGAAUAAUUUGGCCUUUCGUGGAACAAAUGAAAAAAUUUAUGAAGAUUCUAAUGGAAACUUUUUAGGCUUACUUGAAAUGAUUGCUGAGUUUGAUCCUAUAAUGAAACAACAUUUUCGGCUUAUUCAAGAUAAAGAAAUUCAUUAUCAUUAUCUUAGCCAUAAAAUUCAAAAUGAAUUGAUUGGUAUGUUGGCCUUAAAUGUCAAGAGUGCAAUCAUUAAAAAAAUCAAAGAGGCAAAAUAUUUUUCGGUAAUCCUUGAUUGCACUCCUGAUGCAAGUCACAAAGAACAGAUGACUUUAAUUAUAAGAUGCGUAGAUGUGUUGAGUUCUCCUAUAAAAAUAGAAGAGUUCUUUUUAGAAUUUCUAAAUGUGGAAGAUACAUCUGGUUUAGGGCUUUUUAAUGAAUUACAAGCAGCUUUGAAAUCUCUUGAUUUAGAUAUUAAUUGUGUGCGAGGACAAGGCUAUGAUAAUGCUUCUAAUAUGAAAGGAAAACACCAAGGUGUUCAAAAAAGAUUGCUUGAUAUAAAUCCUAGAGCCUUUUAUAUGCCUAAAAAGUUACAAUCCAAAGAUAUGCUUCUUGAUGUUGCCGUGAAGAACCUAGAGGGACUAGUUUCUUAUUUUGAAAAGUAUAGACAAAAUGGGUUUAAUUUUGCCAUGACUGAAGCUAAAGAAAUUGCAAAUGACAUGGGAGUUGAGCCUAUAUUUCCUAUAAAACGUCAUGUUUGCAGAAAAAAGCAUUUUGAUGAAAUUCCAAAUACUGAAAGGGAACAACAAUCUGCUCAAGAGUCCUUUAGAACUGAUUACUUUUUGGUUUUAGUUGAUAUGGCUCUUUCUCAAUUAAAAAGCAGGUUUGAACAAAUGAAAACUUUUGAAUCUAUGUUUGGCUUCUUGUUUGAUGCAUCAAAGUUAGCUUAUUUGGAUGAUGAUGACUUGAAAAGUUGUUGUUUGAAUCUUGAAACUGCUUUGAGAAAUGGUGAGGGUUCUGACAUUGAUGCGAAAUAUUUGCUUAUGGAGUUACAAAUUUUGCAGGAGAUGUUGCCGAAUGAGGCAUAUGAAACAGAUAGGCCUUGGACAUCCAUUCAAAUUAUGGAGUUUGCAAAGAAAAUGGAUAUGUUUCCAAGUGUUAUGGUUGCCUAUAGGAUUUUAUUAACUAUACCGGUGACGGUAGCAUCCGCCGAAAGAAGUUUUUCAAAAUUAAAAUUAUUAAAAUCUUAUUUGCGGACUACCAUGACUCAAGAUAGGCUGAAUGGAUUAGCUAUUUUAACCAUUGAAAGAAAUAUGUUAGUAAAUGUUGACUAUGAGAAGAUAAUUGAUGAUUUUGCUUCAAGAAAUGCAAGAAGGCAUCAUUUUAGAUGA